CCCAGAACUGGUUUUCCACUGACUCCUUCCAUGCAGUCAACUUGAGUCUCUGCCCUCGAUCUCUCCCGUGCCGCUGCUGCCCAGCACAGGGUAGAGAACCUCGGGAACUCAGGGCAGCGGUCACCUGGUCCAGUCCCCUGCCUCCAGAGUGGUGAAUGGCUAAAUCCUCCACGGCAGCUCUCCUGCCUUGACCCUACUCCUCCCCUCGACAAUGUACGCCUGCGCCAAGUUCGUCUCCACCCCGGCCCUCGUGAAGAGCAGCUCCAGGCUGCUGAGCCGGCCCGCGGCCGUGGCGCCGAGCAGACCGGAAGCCCGGACAGAUGAGAGCCGCAUCCCCUCGGCCUCGGGCCCCCGGAGCCCGCUCCUCCUCCCCGUCCCCCGCCGGGGCCUCCAGACCAGCGCCGUCGCCCGCGAUAUCGACACGGCGGCCAAAUUCAUCGGGGCCGGGGCCGCCACCGUCGGGGUGGCCGGCUCCGGGGCCGGCAUCGGGACGGUGUUCGGGAGCCUCAUCAUCGGCUAUGCCAGGAACCCUUCUCUGAAGCAGCAGCUGUUCUCCUACGCCAUCUUGGGCUUCGCCCUGUCGGAGGCCAUGGGCCUCUUCUGCCUCAUGGUGGCCUUCCUCAUCCUCUUCGCCAUGUGAAGCGGUCGCCCCGCACGGUCCGGCCGGCCGGCGUCCCUCCUCCGCGGGCGCCCGUCCGCCCCGAGCGGUCCCGCCGGAGUCACCGGUUCGAGAUUCAGCCGAGGGAGGUCCAAUAAAUACUGUAUGGAUACGCCA